AUUGGUCUACGCGAUCUACACGAUCGACGCUAGGUAGAUCAGCAGGCAAGUGGUCACCACCGAAUCCGAGGAAACGUUGAUCACGCCGGAGGAAGUCUCCGUUGCGAGCGAGGAGACGACCACCGAGAGCUCGGUCCAUCCGUGCCUUCGCGAUAUAGACAUCAGCGAUUCCCAGCUGAAACUGGAGAAUCCCUACACGGUGUACCAGAUCCCACCUGACCCCGGGUUGAUACCAGCCUUCUGGACGUUGUACGAGCCCCCUCCAAUCUACCAGGACGACUACGGACGGAAAUAUCACGACGCGGCGAAGCGCACCGGCUCGAGGCCGAUCGAAUCGUUGAGGCACAUGCUCGUGACCGACGAGGUGAACCUGCGCUACUACGGACUCGAGCCGCGAGCAAUGAGAUCAAUUUGCGAGGGCUUGACGGGCAACACCUUCGUGCGAAAAGUGGAUCUCAAGGUGCGAUAAACGACAAACGUGUAGAGACCCGUGUAGAAACAAAGUUGUGUUUGUUCAGCCUGUUCAGAUUUUCGAUGGUUCAAUCAUCAGCUUAACUUUCCUGCGAUCAACGACAAUCAACGGCAAUCAACGACAAUCAACGCAGCGACGUGAUUAACACACGUCGAUCGGCACUUCGAACGUGUUCUCUUUUUGCUUUCUCUUCUCAUCGAUUGCUCAUGCAUGCAUGAUCGUUGCAGGACAACAAGCUGUCCGAGGAAGCGUGCGGGCACUUGAACAGGCUCCUGCUGGAGAACAACGCGAUCAUCAGUUUAUCGCUGUCGGCGUGUCGAAUAGGCACGAACGGCGCGAAGAAGUUGCGCAAGGCGAUAUCGAUGAAUACGACGCUGAAGGUACUCGAUCUUGGCGACUGCGACAUCGGGAAUGAAGGUUUCGAGCAUAUUGCGUCCGCCUUAUCCGACAAUCCAGCUCUCGAGAGCGUUAAUCUAUCGGGCAAUUGUUUGAACGAAUCGUGUUCGGAAGAUCUGCGGAACUUGCUGUCGAAUAUGGAGACGUUAAAGCACCUGGACCUGUCCUGGAACUCCUUACAUAGCGUCGAGACUUGGAAAGCUCUGACAGAUGGACUCGGGAAGAACGAGACGCUGCUUUCCCUGGACUUGUCCUGGAACGGACUUGGAUCGGCGUGCGUGCCUUACCUGUGCCAAUUGCUGUUGCAGUCGCGGAGCAUCGAAAAGCUCAAUCUCAAUCGAAAUGGUUUCACAGAGAAAGACGCUGUGCACAUCGCGACAGCUCUAGCCAAAAAUAACACGCUUCAAGAACUACAUCUGGGCAACAAUCCUUUAAAGGCACAAGGUGCUUUGGUUCUGGUUCACGCGAUCACAUCGCCCGAUGUAGCUUUACGCCUUCUGGACUUGGAAAACGUUUGGGCGAAUAAGGAUAUCCUGCGAGAAUUGGAGAUGAUCGAGAAGCUCAGACCGGGAGUCGUAGUCAAACUGGGCGGUAUUCUGAGCAAUUACCAGCUCGCUGGGCCGAAUGAGAAAAAAAUACUUCUGGAAAGAGCGAACUACGAGGCGAUGAUGCCGAAAAGGAAGAAGCAACGCCGAGACUUCGGGCAGUUUGUGAUAUCAUUGUUAGAUAAAGAGAUUUCGCGACCACGAUUCAUAGCACUGGUAAAGAAAUUUAGGCUGAAACUCUCGAAAACACUCGUCGAAGAAAUUAUGAAUGUGUUCGAAGGGACGAGAAAGAAUACUGUCGAUCAAGGUCUACUAAAAUCGUUUUAUCUGAAAGAAUAUCCGGCAACAAGACCACCAACGCAGAAGAAAAGAAAAGGUAUCAAAUGGAUGGAAGAGGACGGGAAUUAGCGAAUAUACAAAAUUAAUGUGGAGAAACAAAAGGAAAUAAACCGAAGAGAGUAUAUGUGUAACAAUACUCAGUUUACCUUACUUUA